GGGACUUCAGACGGAUUACGAUCAUCUGCGUCCCUUUUUGUUACUCCUUCUCUCUCUCCUCCUCUGUUUUUCUUCUGCCAGCUCUAUUUCCCUCUAGAGUUCUCAUUCUCUCUCUCUCUCUCAUUAAUUUCUCUCUCUCUACAAUUUUCUCUAUACUCCAGCUGUGGUAUUUCUGUCCCUGCCAAUACCCCCACCUAGUCCCCUCUUCUCAGGCUCAACAGUCUUUUCCCUUCUCUUCCAAGCUCACAAACACACACACCCAAGUGCUUCAUUUUCCCCUUCUUUCUAGGAACUUUUUUCUUUAUAUUAAGGGUGUUUCUCUCAGGGUCGCAUUCGGAGUUAGAGAGCAACAAAAAAAUAAAUAAAUAAUAAUCGCAUAUUUAAUUUCUCUCUCUGUUUUCUUGUGAUGUACGUUUCUCAAUGACGAGAAGUUGACAGCUUCGCCCCCCCUCAAUUUCUCGCGAUAUUUCUCAAGAUGGAAUCAGUGAAGCCGUCGGCCGUGACCCCGCGAAAGAAGUUGGCACGCAAUUUUGCGAAGGUUCUUCAUGUCAAAGCACUGAUUGGAAUUGCUUCAGUUGAUGGAUUGAAGAAUGUUAUAUCUGAUGCAAAUCUCAAGGAUGAAGGGAACAUUGGUAAGAGUAAGGCUACACUGAAUUGGUCUGAGUCAUUCAAUGAAGAUGAUGAUGAAGACCUUCAAGAGAGAGAGGCCAAUGAAGCACUUUUGGCAAAGCUUUUUGCUAGCAUUUCAACUGUUAAAGCUGCAUAUGCUGAGUUGCAGUAUGCUCAGUCACCUUUUGACCCUGAUGGCAUUGAAGCUGCUGAUCAAUUGCUAGUGUCUGAGUUGAAGAACUUAUCUGAGCUAAAGCAAUGUUACUUGAAGAAACAGUUUGAUCCUUCACCCAAGACUGCAAUACUCGAGGCCGAAUCCAAGGAAUUGCUGGGUGUGAUCAAAACCUACGAGAUCAUGGGGAAGAAGUUGGAGUCACAGGUGAGGCUCAAGGAUUCCGAGAUAAUUUUUCUUAGGGAGAAGUUGGAGGAAGCUAAUAGGCAGAACAAGGCAAUCGAGAAGAGAUUGAAUCAAAGUGGCCAACUAUCCGGGCUUGAUAAUCUUCACAUAACAGGAUUAAGUCCUAGCCAUUUCAUCACGGUUCUUCGCCACACGGUCCGGUCCAUUCGCAACUUUGUGAGGCUGAUUGUUGAUGAGAUGAGAUAUGCAGGUUGGGACGUUGAUGCCACGGUCGACGCCAUCGAGCAGAAUGUGGUUUAUAUGGCGGAAGAUCACAAGUGUUUUGCGAUCGAGGCCUUUGUUUGCAGGGAAAUGUUUGAUGCAUUCCACAUUCCAAACUUCGCCCUUUCAAGCGAGUCUCUUCUAGACAAAAACAGGAGACAACAGUGGUUCUUUGGGAAGUUCAAUGAGAUGAAAUCAAUGAAGGCAAAGUACUACCUAGCCGAGAAGCCAAGAUCAUCGUUCGCAAAGUUUUGCCGGGUCAAGUAUUCGAGACUUGUCCAUCCCAAGAUGGAGUCAUCGUUUUUUGGCAACCUGAGUCAUAGGAACCUUGUGAAUGCAGGAGGGUUUCCAGACACUGAAUUCUUUGCCUCAUUCGCCGAGAUGGCGAAGAGGGUGUGGCUUCUACACUGCUUGGCCUUCUCCUAUGAGCCUCAGGCUUCAAUCUUCCAAGUGGGGAAAGGGUGCAGAUUCUCUGAUGUGUACAUGGAAAGUGUGAAUGAUGAAGUCUUCCUCUAUUCAGAAGUGGAAUCAGAUCCACAAGUUGCUUUCACAGUAGUUCCAGGGUUUAGGAUUGGUAAAACUGUUUUACAGUGUCAAGUGUACCUCUCACAGCACCAAACCAAGGUUAAAAAAAAAAUAACUUCAACAAAGCAAAGGUAGUUGCUGCAAGCACUUACUGACCCCACAACUCAGGUGAUUGAACUGGAAGGCAAUUCAUUAUUUUCUUAGUGAAAAAGAAAUUUUUGGAGGGAAAUGAAGGGGCCUUGUUGUGGGGACUGAACUCUGCCUAUAGGCUAACUCACUGGGGCAUCUUUGUCCAUUUGUAUUUUGGUCAUUUUGAAAAGAAAAAGCCAUUGGACCGUUGCAUUGGGAACUGCCCUUUUCUUUGGAUUUUUUUUUUUAAUUUUAUGCCAGAUUUAUCAAAGAGACAUCCCCCCAAAAUUUUAUUAUUAGGCCGGUGACAGGGAUUGUCUAGCUGUUAUGCAUCUUUUAGUAAACACUGCAUUUUAUAAUUUAUAAUAUGUACAUAAUGAUAUAUAGGUGGGAAUUUUAUAAUCCUCUUUUCCUUUUCUUUUUUAUAUUUUAUUUUAUUAAUCUUUGUUCUGCUCAA